CAGAUCAAAGUUUCUAUUUGUGCGUUGUGUACCCCAACCAGCAGGUGGCAAUAACACUCUAAGAAACGUCUACCAUUCUGCCCGGAAAUGGAGAAACAAGAAAGAUGGCGGACAGAUUAACGCAACUUCAAGAUGCUGUCAAUUCGCUUGCCGAUCAGUUUUGCAAUGCAAUCGGUGUAUUGCAACAAUGUGCCCCCCCAGCUUCAUUCAACAACAUACAGACGGCAAUCAACAAGGACCAGCCAUCCAACCCUACUGAGGAAUAUGCCCAAUUAUUUGCUGCACUGAUUGCUCGGACAGCAAAGGAUGUGGACGUUCUGAUUGAUUCACUGCCAAGCGAGGAGUCCACAGCAGCUCUACAGGCAGCCAGUCUGCGGCAGUUGGAGGAGGAGAACCAUGAUGCAGCAGCGCGUCUCGAGGAAGUGGUUUACAGAGGUGACUUGUUAUUGGAGAAGAUACAAAGUGCCUUGGCGGAUAUCGCUCAGUCACAACUCCGUACUCGCAGUGGAGGACCCAGCCAGACCACACCACCCGAAUCAUGACCCCAUGCAACACAGGCCAAAGACAUUCUCACAUCAGUUUCUCACAAACACGCCAGAGGUAACAGUGUAUACAGGAAGUCAAAUAAAGAGACCACUGGGUGGACCUGAACAGUUGACCUCUCAAGGACGAUAUUCUUGGUUCGAUUUAUAGGGGUUUUGGGGAUUCAGUAAGGCAAGGAUCUUGAGUUCUGCCAAAACACCAUCUGUACACUAUGUCCUUUUCUUAGCACAUGCUAAUUUGGAUUAAACGGCACUGCUCCGGAGUCAACAUGUGCUGUCUUUUUCUUAACCCUGGUUAUUCUGAGGAUACUAUUUCCGUGUCCGCUGACUGCUAAUGUUAGCAGUUGUUUUUAGAUCUUGAAAACAGCUGGUAAAAAGAACAGAACCAUCCUAAAUUGAUAGACUACCUUUUGACAUGCUGUAUGCCAGGAAAGAAUACCCCUGUACAAGCAAACCUUGUCGUUACAAGCUACUUUAUACCGAUGUGUUUUAUUUGUUUAUGAAUGUGUUUUUACCAACUGUUUAUAAUUUUCAGUCAUAAAUGGCAUUUAAAAAUGUUAUAAAGUUUUUGAAUUUUAUAUUGAAAGUUUAAUCUGAUGCACAAUUUAUUCUGCAACACAGUCAAACCGUGGCCCCAUAAACUUUGGCGCUACAUAUUUCAGAAUGCCCUAGAUGGAGUUAUGGUUAUUCUUCCCGCUCGGUUAUACGUACAUUCAUGGCAUUGUACUUGUUUAUUAAAGACCAGUGGAAGACAGUUGACUACCAUUGGUGAUAAUCUAGAA